AUGCGCAGGCGUACCUUCUUGAGUGGGGAUUGGCGGGACGGGGCGGGACUCCCGGCUCGGCGCAGGCUCUGUGGGUGGAGAGGGAGGAGCUGCCCAUGCCAGUUUCUCCAAGUGUCCCGGCCUGAAGCAUCCUCCAGGUGCCUGCCCCUCCCGGAGCCUCAAACAGCAGACCAGUUACCAAGGAUUUUGUAUCCAAGGUCCAAAAGUUUAUUACCCAAGAUGAUGAAUGCUGACAUGGAUGCAGUUGAUGCUGAAAAUCAGGUGGAACUAGAGGAAAAAACACGACUUAUUAAUCAAGUGUUGGAACUCCAACACACACUUGAAGAUCUCUCUGCAAGAGUAGAUGCAGUAAAAGAAGAAAAUCUGAAGCUAAAAUCAGAAAACCAAGUUCUUGGACAAUAUAUAGAAAACCUCAUGUCAGCUUCCAGUGUUUUUCAAACAACUGACACAAAAAGCAAAAGAAAGUAAGGAUUGAUAUCCUGUCUUACGGAAUUGCUGCUGCUUUUUUUUUUUUUUUUUCCUUUAAAACUUGGAUAGAUUCCAGAAGUUAUAGUACUUUUGUUUGUGGCUUCAUUGAAUAUUUAUGAAGAUAAUGUCAGAUCUAGGCAAAAUUAAGAGCAUAACAGAGACUUCCAUGAGUUUGUGUAUUGUUAGCCUAUGAAAACGUGAAAAUGUAUUGUAGAGACUUUAUAAUUAGAAAUGCAUAUAUUUAUGAAACUUGAUAAUGUUUUAUCAAAUUUGCUUUGAUUUAUAGGUUUAGUACUGUCUUUUAUUAUAUAGGAGAUACAAUAACCACCAUGUUGUGAAAAAGUGACCAAAAUCAUGUACUGAAUGCACAGCUUUAUGUACCCUGUCUACCAUCUUGUGCCUCUUCUCCAUUUGCUCCUUCCUUAUUUCCCUUCCCUGAAGGAAAACUUGGUUUCAUGUUUGUAAGAGCAAUUUUAGUAGUUAUUCAUGUAUGAGAGUAACCUGAACUCUAUUGGUGAAACUUAACCAGAAGUUAGGGCUUGUUAUACAGCCAUGUGCCCACAUAAUGAUGUUUCAGUCAGUGACAGACUGAAGAUAUGACAGGUGGUAUGCCGUUCAGCCUAGGUGUGUAGUGGGCUGUACCAUCAAGGUUUGUGUAAGUGCACUCUGUGAUGUUUGCACGAUAAAAUUCCCUAAUGAUGCUUUUCUCAGAAUGUAUCCCUGUCAUUAAGCAGUGCAUGACUAUUUACUACUGGGAUUUAGACAGGAUUGUUGGUUUCUCUUUAAUCAAUUGAAAACAGAGACUAUAAAAAUGAAGACUUUUCCCCCCUUGAAGCUGAAUUGUCAAAUUGGGAAAACAUGUUGUUGAAUACUUCCUUUUACACAAAAUAACUUGGUAUCUGAAAAGAUGAGUUCUAGCUGUGUGUAUGUUCAAAAUAGAAAAUUUUGAGGAAGAAUAGAAACAGGAUGGGAAAAGUACUUGGUAAAUAGUAGUAACCAACUCCACAUGUUUUUGCUCCAGACUUGUACUAUCUCUGGCACAGAUUAAAUCUGUUGGGGAAUGUAUAUGAAAGUGGAUUAAGUUUAACUAACCUUAUGUGAACCACAUCUAGAAUAGCUACAAAGCGUUUGGUCUCAAAAUAUAUUUAUAGUAUCCAGCAGAUCAAUUUUUGCAAAAUCCUCUGAGUGUAUUAGUAUCAGAAUCAUGAAUAAAAUGGGAGAGUUUUACAUGUAUACUAAUUGUUAAUGUUCUCAGUAUUUUAUCUCACUACUUCUCACAGAGUUUUCUGUAAGUCCAACUAGUUGGUAUGCAGAGUUUGUUAUUUAACAAUUUUUAAAAUUUAGUUUGUAGAUUCCAUUUGCUAAGGAAAUUAAUAUCAGAUGUAAUGUUAAAAUGUUAAAUAGGAAGAGAUUCAUUAAUAUAGAUUAGAGUUAUUAGAUUUGGACUACUUUUAAUCAUGGAAUAAUCUUAUGUUUGUAGUGGUAUAUGAUUCGAUGAAUGACUUUAGCUGUAUGAAUAUAUAAUCAUACUGCAAAACAUUUUGCAUCCCUUUUGUGACCUAAUUUACAAACGUUUGGAAUUGUGUUGUAAUUUUCCUUUGCUGUUUAAUAAAAAGCUGUUUCAGA